CAAAGGAUCAGACCACAGCUGGUUUUCCUGCUGACACUCAUACACCAUGGAUCUGCGUCUCUCUGCCUGCAUCCUGUUGGUCCUUUGUGCGACAUGGAGUGCAAACGGAGGGAACGUUUUGGUGUGGUACACCGAAGGCAGCCACUGGAUAAACAUGAAGCUUGUUCUGGAGAAGCUGGUUGACAGGGGACACCAGGUGACUGUACUGGUCCCGAGCUCGUCAAUGUACAUGAACACCAAUGAACCCGCCCGCUUUCGUUAUGAGCCCUUCAACGCCUCUUUCUCAUUGGAGGCUAUGGAAGAGUUCCUAGAAGAGUUCCUCCGAUUCUCCAUAUACGAGAUUGAUUAUAUGAACUACUUGGAGCUCUACAUCAGAUUCAUUGACAUAAUGAAAACUGACCUGCAGUUUUCUAUCCAGUAUUUGGACGGUGUGGUGAAAUCAGAAGUCGUCAUGAAGAAGUUGAAAGAAGGAAAUUACGACCUUCUCUUGGCUGACCCCCUCUACCCUGGCAGUGACUUAGUAGCAGAUAUUUUGGGAAUCCCACUCGUCUUCUCCUUGCGCUUCUCUGUAGCUUAUAACUGGGAGAGACAUUGUGGUCAGAUGCCUGCUCCACCAUCCUUUGUUCCCGGUGCCAUGAGCAAACUCACAGAUAAGAUGGACUUCUCAGAGAGAGUGUGGAACUUUCUCUUCUACGCUCUUCAAGACAUCGUGAUUGAUCACACUUUUUGGAACGUAUUAGACAGAUAUUACUCUGAUGUCAAAGCACUUGAGGGCAGCCACUGGAUAAACAUGAAGCCUGUUCUGGAGACGCUGGUUGACAGGGGACACCAGGUGACUGUACUGGUCCCGAGCUCAUCAAUGUACAUGAACACCAAUGAACCCUCCCGCUUUCGCUAUGAGCCCUUCAGCGUCUCUUUCUCACUGGAGGCUAUAGAAGAGUUUCUAGAAGAGUACCUCCGAUUCUCCAUAUACGAAAUUGAUUAUAUGAGCUACUGGGAGAUCUACAUCAGAUUCAUUGACUUGAUGAAAACUGAACUGCAGUUUUCUAUCCAGUUUUUGGACGGUGUGGUGAAAUCAGAAGUCGUCAUGAAGAAGUUGAAAGAGGGAAAUUACGACCUUCUCUUGGCUGACCCCAUCUACGCUGGCAGUGACUUGGUAGCAGAUAUUUUGGGAAUCCCACUCGUCUUCUCCUUGCGCUUCUCUAUAGGUAACAACUGGGAGAGGCAUUGUGGUCAGAUGCCUACUCCACCAUCCUUUGUGCCCGGUGCUAUGAGCAAACUCACAGAUAAGAUGGACUUCUCAGAGAGAGUGUGGAACUUUCUCUUCUACGCUCUUCAAGACAUCGUGAUUGAUCACACUUUUUGGAAAGUAUUAGACAGAUAUUACUCUGAUGUCAAAGGAACUCCCACCAGUGCCUGUGAGUUGAUGAGCAAAGCAGACAUCUGGUUAAUCCGAACCUACUGGGAUUUUGAAUUCCCUCGUCCUUUCCUCCCCAACUUCAAAUAUGUUGGUGGGAUCCACUGCAGACCUGCUAAACCUUUACCAGAGGAUCUGGAGGAAUUUGUGCAGACUUCUGGAGAUGAUGGCAUUGUGAUCUUCACUUUAGGAUCCAUGAUCAACAACGUCACUGAAGAGAAGGCAAACAUGAUAGCCUCGGGCCUCGCUCAGAUCCCACAAAAGGUGCUGUGGAGAUAUAGAGGAGAAAAGCCAGAAAGUUUGGGUGCCAACACUAAAAUAUAUGACUGGAUCCCUCAGAAUGACCUUCUGGGUCACCCUAAAGCUAGAGCUUUCAUCACUCAUGGAGGUACAAAUGGGAUUUACGAAGCCAUCUACCACGGCGUUCCCAUUGUGGGCAUCCCCAUGUUUGCUGACCAGCCAGACAACAUGGUCCAUAUGAAAGAAAAAGGAGCUGCAGUUAUUCUCAACGUGAACUUCAUGACGGCUGAAGAUCUUAGAGACGCAAUCAACACAGUCAUCAAUGACAAAUCGUACAAAGAAAAUGCUAUGCGGCUGUCCAGCAUCCACCACGACAGACCCAUGAGUGCUCUGGAAGAGGCAGUUUUCUGGAUCGAGUUCACACUGAGAAACAAAGGAGCCAAGCACUUGAGGGUCCAGGCCCAUGAGCUCACCUGGUACCAGUAUCACAGCCUGGAUGUCCUGGGCUUCUUCCUCACUAUAGUUCUACUCCUCAUAUUCAUCUUCAUCAAGACCUGCAGUUUCUGUUUGCACAGGUGUUUUGUCAGGAAAGGAAAGACCAAACGGAAGGCUGAAUAA